GAAGCCGCAUAUGCAUGUUUUUGUGGGGAACAAGAUUGGCAGCAACUUUGGUUUUUAAAAGAGAAAACAUUACCUUCAGUGCAUGAAUCUAAAAUUAACUUUUCAGUAGCUGCCAUCUUGUGGUUUGAAUAGCAUGUGUUUUUAACGGGAAAAUAUUAUUUUCAUGCUUAUUUUCAUUUGGUUUUUGUUGAAUAUCAAUUAUGAAAAUGUGCCUUGUGAUUUUCGUAAUUGAUUGAUUUUUCAACCACACACUUCAUCAUAUAAACAUUCUGCAUGAUCGAGUUAGCAUCAUGCAAAGUUCGAGGGAAAGGUGAUUGACGGUUGCGUUAGUACCGUGCCACUUCAACUCGAGGACUGAAGAAAGAUCGAGUAGCAAAGCGCGAAGACAAAGCUGCCAACUGGUAUGAGUGUCUAGUUGAUGAGUUUUGUAAGUCUUUAUGUAUUCUUUCUUUCUUAGUGCUUCCUGGCUUGGUAGCCCGAGGAUUUUCCCAGUGGUGGGUUUUGCCUCGUUAAAUCCUACAUCAUGUGUGUGCUUUUUAUAUUCAUGUUGAAUAUUUGUGUAGGAUUAAUUUUGCAUAACUGAUUAAUUGAAACCAUAAUUUGCUUUAGCGUUAAGUUCUCAUUUAUAGAUUAAGUUAGUACCCAUCCUAGGACUUUCAAUUGGCACCAGAGCAGGUCACUAAAAAUAUCUAGUGAGAUCCGUGGGUAGUCUAGGAUGAAUCGGUCUAUGGGUUCAGUUUCUCAUCCGCCACAUUUUGAUGGCGACAACUACGCUGCAUGGAAGGCAAAGAUGAAAUCAUUUCUCUGGGCGCUUGACGAUAGAGUGUGGCUUGCGGUUGAAGAAGGCUGGGAACCUCCAACAGUUGAAGAAACCAAAGGCGAAGGACAGUCUUCUGUCACUAUUUCUAUGCUUAAGCCUAGAAAGGUAUGGAGUGAAGAUGAACGCAACUCUAGCACAUUCAAUCAAAGAGCAUUGAAUGCGUUGUUCACUGCCGUUUCGCCUGAGCAAUUUAACUACAUCAGUAAAUGCUCAACGGCGAAAGAAGCUUGGGAUAUUCUUGAAGUUACUCAUGAAGGUAACUCCACUGUCAAAGAAUCCAAGCUUCAAAAUCUCAUCACACAAUUUGAAAAUAUCAAAAUGCUAGAUGAUGAGAGUUUUUCUGACUUUUAUGCUAAACUUAGUGUAAUUGUCAAUGGUUGUCACAAUCUUGGUGACAGCAUCCCAGAACAUAGAGUUGUUAAGAAAAUUCUAAGGUCUCUUCCUUCUAGGUUUCAUGCGAAAAGGACAGCUAUAGAAGAAUCGAAAGAUUUAAACACCUACAAGUUGGAACAAUUGAUUGGGUCAUUACAAACAUAUGAGUCUGACUUUACUGAAGUCAAGAAAGGAAAAAAUGUAGCCUUCAAAGUCAAUAAUGAAAAAGUGAAUGAGGAUUCAUUUGAAAACCUGACUCAAGAUGAAUUUGCUCUUCUCACCAAACAAGCUAGAAAAUUUUUGAAACUUAGAAGUUCCAGAGGACGUGAAAAUCGAAAUAAUUUUGAUUCAAAAGUUCCUCGUUCUCGAGAUUUGUCUCAUGGAAAUUCUUCUAAGUUUGUCAAACUUGGUGAAAAGAAAAGUUCAAAUGACAGAGACAAGUGUUUUGAAUGUCAAGGGUAUGGACAUCAUGCUCAUGAAUGUGCCAAUACUCUUAAAAAGCUGAAGGAUGAAAAGAACAAGGCGUUAACUUCCACGUGGAGUGACAGUGAUUCAGAGAAAGACACGGCAUCUGAAGAUGAUGAGGAAGUGGUUGCAUUUUUUGGAACUUUUGAUGGAUAUGAGACGGAUGAUUCGGAAGUUGAAGAGCCUGAUUCCGUAGAAGUCUUACAAAAGUACACUGCACUGUAUGAUAUCACCAUGAAAGUGAAGAAGGAAAAUGAAGAACUGAAAAAUAAACUCGUGCAGCUUGAAAGUGAGAAGAAUGAAGCAGAAAUCGAGCAUCAAUCUCAAAUGGAACAUGCAGAAAAGCUACGAGAGUCAAUGUUGGAAAAGUUACAUAUGCUAGCAUCAGACAACAAAGGUCUUGAAAAUGAAUUAAGUAACAUAAAGAAGAAAGUUGAAGAGUUUAGCAUUGGCUCAAGCAAAAUUGACAAAAUGUUGAGCUAUGGAAAGAUUUCAGGUGAUAAAAGCGGUCUAGGUUUUGAUAUAACUGGAAGUUCGUCCACUUCUGUUACCAAGUUUGUUAAAGCGUUACAAGAACCUAGCAUGAAAGACAUAUCAGACCUAGGUGUUACAAGCUUCAAAAGGAAAAUAAGACUAAAACUUCUUGGAUUUCUGAAAAAUCAAAUCUCAAAGGGAGAUUUGUGGCUCACCCAAAGGGAAUGA